AUGAACCCCGAAGAGCCAUUGUGGUACUGGGAGCAGCUGUGGAUGCUCUGCGGCGAGUAAGACACAUCCAUGCUGACCGUCAUGACAUGCAGAUUUUCGUCGGCGGUUGGUGCCAUGAUGUUGGUGCUGUUGCGUUGUUUGGAUGUGCAGGUGGCUGUGGAGGCCCUGUUGGAUGGUCCUGGAUGUGAUCAGUGAGGUCCUCCUCAUUCUGAGGAGGCCUCCAGACUUCCGACAGGGAGUACUGAAGCCACGCAGGCACGAUCUGCGGCUUCAUCUGGACCAAUUCGGGGGUAAGAGAGAAUUCACGAGCAUACGGCCAAUUCAUCAGUGAGACGCCAUGUGUGUGUGGUUGGCAGAGGUCCAAUGGAUGCACACAGAGGAGAGCCAGGACAAGUGGCUGAGGGUAAGAGCAAGGGGAGGCGGCGGUUUCAGGCACUCAUCGCCGUCUCCUUCUGUGUGCACAGAUAGUCUUCUCUGAUGCCCACUCAUGCCCAGUCCCGUCCUCACCACGGCAGUCAGCCGAUGGAAGAGCUGAGGAAAGCAAGAGCUCAUCCUCUUUUUCACGCGACAAGGAGGCCGUCGCCAGGAGAGCCUGGCAGACACCACGGCCUGGGAGUGGAAGGGCAGCGGUGAGACACCAAGCCAGAAUGAACGCGCGGCAAGCACAGUCCCCCCAUAGGAUGAUGGAAAUGAUCUUCUGCUUCUGGUCGCCUGAGGCGGCUCAGCACUGGGUAGGGAGGAAGGAAUCAAUGGCAUUCUCAUCUCCGAAUGUGUGUCUCUCUCUGUCUCUUUGACAUUUCAGGAGUCUGUCCUGCUCAAGGCUGCCGCCCCGUAUCUCCGCUCUGACCUGAAGCGGCCUGCCCUGACCCUGCCCCUCCUGCAGGCAUGUCCCUCUCUCGCCGACGAGCCAGCAGUCCCACCGAAUGAAGAGCACUCGGACUCUCUCGGUGUCUCCUUCUGGGACCGCACAGAGGAAGGCCCGCCGCCAUCCCUCUGCACCUGCAUGUUCUUCCCUUGCCACGGGUGGCGGCUGAGGUGGCUAUUCGGGAGGAGACAGGGCGAUCCGGGAUGGGCGUGUGUGGAAAGGAAGGACCGCCGGUUCUCUGAGGCUGUGAGGAGGACUGCGGAGUACUGCUCAUGGCCGGCAGAGCAGCAGGAGCUGUAUUGCCGCCUGUAUGAGGCCCUCCUUCCUAUGCUGAGAUGCCUCAGGACAGCGGAGAUCCGGAAGAAGAGGAAAAGGGGGCGUCGGUCGUGGCUGCUGUGGUGGGGGUGGUCAUGGGGACAGAAAAAGAGGAGGCGCUUCUCGCUCUCGGAAAAGAAGACCGCGGCUGAUAGCCAGGACGUUGCCACAUCGCCCUCCCAUCUCACAGCAUCGACCACCGCCCCCGAAUCCGCCGUGUCUCCAACAAACAGCAAUGACACCAAUGACAGCAAGCAGCCACCUUCGCCCCCCCUACCGGCACCCACCCCCGCCCCACCGACGCGUUUGCCGGCCGCCCCUGCUGGCCUGGCGUUAAGGGAGCUGCUCCCCAUUCCCCUGGAGCGAGCCAAGAGCGACCAUCUGCUGCGCUCGAGUGCGUCGGCCAGGCCUGAGGGCCAUCCCGCGAAGACUCUGUCGCAACUGGGUGUGGCGUCACGGAAGUUCACGGCCAGCAGCAGGAGCAAGAGCAAGUCGGCCCGCGCUAUGAGCCUUACGUUCAACAAGACACCGCUCGCACCUGGUGAGAGACCGAAGAAACACAAUGAGGCCGUUCGUUUAUGUGUUCUGUGUCUGCAUCUCUUUAUCUCAGUGCGUGAGGAGGAGGAGCAGCACGGAUUGUGCCACAUACACGCGGCCCCCUCUGGCGACCGCAGCCCCCCCUCCCCCUCCCCGCCCCUCUCCCCCUCGCCCCCAGACUUAAUCGUCGCCUCAGAGACAGAGCUGCUCUCAGCCAACCUCCACCUCAGCCUGGAGCGGCUGUGCGUCCAGGAGACACUAUUGCAGCAGCAGCAACAGCAGCAGCAGAGGUCGUCUUAUUCUUCCCAGUCCUCAUUGAUGUGGUACGACUGUGUGGGUGGGGUUGAGGAGCUGCCCGACGACCGGCGGCUGGGCAUCAAGGGGCCGCCUGCGUGUCUGCCGGAGCCAAUUCCUUUGGUGGACAUACCCGAUGGGAGACAGUUUGACGUCCCAUUCGUGCCGGGGGUGAGUGAGAAAGAAGCAUACGGUGGCACACAUCCUCAAGACUGUGUGUGUGUGUGAAUGAAUGUGUGUCUUAGGGCCCCACUGCUGCUGCCCCUGUGUUUGGCAAGGCCCUGCAGGCCUUCCAGACGCUCAGACGGGCGCACCAGAUGUGA